AUGCGUCGUUUAGUAACCAGGGCCGCUACGCCGGCCAGGUACCUCAAACGAGCACCACACUCGCUUUCAAGGACCUUUUCCUCACACAUAGAAACACAAGCUAAGGACCCCGCCGAACUCGACCAAGUAACAGAACUCUCCAAUGGCCUUCGGGUUGCCACGGAGUCCCUCCCCGGCCCUUUCGCCGGUGUGGGCGUAUACCUCGAUGCAGGCUCACGGUACGAGAACGACAGCCUCCGCGGCGUCAGCCACAUCAUCGACAGGCUAGCCUUCAAAUCGACAUCGAAGCGGACGGGCGACCAGAUGGUUGAGUCUCUCGAGAGGCUCGGGGGGAACAUCCAAUGCGCGUCAGCACGCGAGUGUAUCAUGUAUCAGUCCACCAGCUUCAACUCGGCUGUGCCGACCACGCUGGCACUGCUGGCGGAGACGAUCCGGGACCCCCUGAUCACGGACGAGGAGGUGCAGCAGCAGCUGGAGGUGGCGGACCUGAGGUCAUCCUGCCGGAGCUGGUGA